GUCCAAUUGAGAAUAAGAAAAGAAGAGUGGGACAAAUGCAGUAAAAACCGGAUCAAGGGUUUGUUUCUUUAAUCUGUCACUUCAUCUCCAUGGCACACGGAUAGGGACGAAGAAGAACGAAAACCACCGCGACGACGACAAGGACGGACCAAAACCUCCGCAAUCACCGCCUCCGUCGUUUCCUCCUUUCCGAUUGAACUGCCGUGGAAAAGCAGGGCUCUAGUUGCAAAAGUAUUAGCCUGCCCAUACGUCCUACUUCUCAAGCGAUAUCAUGCUUAUUUUUGGACAAAUCGAACACUGUGGUUAUGGAGUAAACUAGAAACACGUUACAUGCUGAGUUAACUCCUUCUGUUGAGGUCUCUUGGGGUGGCAGUAUGGAUUUGGGUUCUGCUGAUUUAUCAACUCCACAACCUGUUAAACCUCCAGAUGUACAAGCUCCUACUGCUUCAGAUUCUGGACCAGAAAAUUCUCCGCGUGAUGCUCCAUCUAAGCUCUCUGCUUCUGGCAUAUCCACAUGGGCCAAAAGUUUAAAAAUUCCUCAGCCAUUGAUGGGCUCUCAGGAUGAAUCACCAUCAGGAAAUGCUGGAAAAUCGACAUUUGCUCGUUUCACUGGUGGGUUGGCAUCUCGCUUGUCUCCCAAAGCUUCUCAACCAGAUGAGAAUUCUGAUGUAGCUUCAACAACAGCACAACCUGGUUUAUUUGGAACCCUUACUAAAGGGUUAGUUGACUCGUCUAAGAGUGCCGUGAAGGCUGUGCAGGUCAAAGCUCGACAUGUUGUCUCUCAGAACAAACGAAGAUACCAGGAAGGAGGGUUCGAUUUAGAUAUGACGUACAUCACAGAAAAUAUUAUUGCUAUGGGGUUUCCCGCUGGUGAUAUGAGCUCUGGCUUUUUUGGGUAUGUUGAGGGUUUUUACCGGAACCACAUGGAAGAAGUGAUCAAGUUCUUUGAAACUCAUCACAAGGAUAAAUACAAAGUAUACAACCUUUGUUCUGAGAGGCUCUAUGAUGCAUCAUUGUUUGAAGGAAAGGUGGCUAGUUUUCCAUUUGAUGAUCACAACUGCCCCCCAAUUCAUCUAAUCAAGUCAUUUUGUCAAAGUGCUUACUCAUGGCUGAAGGAGGAUAUAGAAAAUGUCGUGGUUGUGCAUUGUAAGGCUGGAAUGGCAAGGACAGGGCUAAUGAUAUCUAGCCUCCUCCUAUAUUUGAAGUUCUUUCCCACAGCUGAGGAGUCAAUUGAUUACUACAACCAAAAAAGAUGUAUUGAUGGAAAGGGGCUUGUGCUUCCAAGUCAGAUUAGGUAUGUAAAAUAUUUUGAGCGAGUCCUAACCUACUUCAAUGGAGAAAACCAGCCUGGGAGAAGAUGCAUGCUUAGGGGGUUUCGGCUUCACCGGUGCCCAUAUUGGAUUAGGCCCUCCAUUAUGGUCUCCGAUCACAAUGGUGUUCUCUUCUCCACAAAGAAGCAUCCAAGAACCAAGGAUCUGUCGCCUGAAGAUUUUUGGUUUAGUGCCCCAAAGAAAGGGAUCAUGGUUUUUGCUCUGCCUGGAGAGCCUGGUCUGACAGAAUUGGCUGGUGAUUUCAAAAUUCAUUUCCACGAUCGCCAAGGAGAUUUUUACUGUUGGUUAAACACCACAAUGAUCGAGAACAGAAAAAUCCUAAACACUAGUGAUCUUGAUGGAUUUGACAAGAGGAAACUCCCAUCUCCUGGAUUUCAGAUUGAGGUUGUACUUGUGGACUAUAAUGGGACAGUUCCAACAAGUCCUCAAACUGGAACUCCCACUGAUAAAUCGGUUGAAAGUUCAGGUGCCACUCCUAUCCCGGAUGAUGGAAAUUCCGACACUACAAAUCUAAAUAAAGACCCAGAAAGCAACAAUAAAGAUGAUGUAUUCUCAGACAGUGAGGCCGAGGAACCCUCUUCAAAAAGCAGGCAAUCUAAAGCAACUUCUGAAGCUGGUGGGACCGCCAAUACAAAAUCCCCCACUUCUGAAACUAGUAAUUCAACCCAAAUAGCAAGUUUAACCAAUGAGACCCAACAAAUCUCUCUGGGUAAAACAAGCUCAACUAUUGAACCAAGAAAUGUGCCCAUCGGAGGAACCGCAUCCGGUCCUGAGGUUCCUACUCCGGUAGGAGAGGUAAGUGAUUUCAAGGCAAUGGCUGCUGAUGCAUCUGUUUUCACAUUUGGAGAUGAUGAAGAUUACGAAAGUGAGUGAACCAACAUGGGGCUGUUGCAUAUGUGGUGUAGGAAUGAGAUCUGUACAUAAAUAGUCAAUAAGCAGUUUGAAAGUGCCCCCUUUCCCAGAACAGAUGAUUUCAUUCAUUUCAUUGUAAAAGUUCCCAAGCCUGGUUGAGAAUUACUUACUUGCACAAACAAUUGUUGUGAUGAUUGUUCAACUGUAUUUGUCUUUUAUCAAAUGUGGAUUGGCUUAAAA